GCGGGAGCCUGCAGCCAUCUUCCGUGGCAGCCGAAGAGGUGGGGGAAGAGGAGCGGGCGGUAGCGGCGAGAUCGUGGGAUGGAGCCGGCGGAGGGACCCGUGGGCAAUGGCAGCAGUGACGGGAGUGGCAGCUACCGGUGUUCACUCUGUGGUAAGCUCUUCCGGUGGGCCUGUGUGUUGGAGUCGCACCAGCGCUAUCAUCGGGGCGAGCGACCCUUCGAGUGCAACAUCUGCGGAAAGGCCUUUGUCACCUCCAGCAACCUGACCGACCACCGGCGGGUCCACAGCGGCGCCAAGCCCUUUGGCUGCCCUGUCUGCGGCAAGAGCUUCGUCUCGUCCAGCAACCUCAUUGCCCAUCGGCGCACCCACACUGGAGAGCGGCCCUACAAAUGCACCAUAUGUGGCAAAGGUUUUGCUGCCUCGCCCAACCUGGCCGUGCACCAGCGUACACACACUGGCGAGCGGCCCUACGGCUGUCGGCUGUGCGGCCGUGCCUUUGCCGAGGCAGGCAAGCUCUCAAGGCACCAGCUGAUCCACGGUGGCGGCGAGCGUCCCCACCGCUGUCCCGAGUGCGGCCGCGGCUUUCUCGAGUCAGGCAAGCUAGCACAGCACCGGCGUACCCACACCGGCGAGCGGCCCUUCCGCUGCAGCGCCUGCGGCAAGGGCUUCAUCGCUGCCGGAAACCUGGCCGCCCACCAGCGCACCCACACCGGCGAGCGGCCCUUCCGCUGCUCUCUCUGCGGCAAGGGCUUCGUCACCUCCAGUAACCUGGCCGCGCACCAGCGCACCCACACCGGCGAGCGGCCCUUCCGCUGCCCCCUCUGUGACCGCGGUUUUGUGGAGUCAGGCAAGCUGUCGCGGCACUUGCGGAUCCAUACCGGCGAGAAGCCAUUCCAGUGUGGCGCCUGCGGCAAGUGCUUCACCCGCGCAGUCUCGUUGCGCGCCCACCAGCGGCUCCACUCCGGCCCCUCAGAUGGCCUCUGAGUGUUGCCGGCAGGCUGGGGACCUGUGCAGACUGCAACGCCGAGGCCCUGGGACCCUCUGCUAUUUUGCGGCCGUAUGGAGAAUGUGUCUGGUGCAACUCUGUGGCCUUUCGGAGACUGUGACUGGCAGAAUUGUGCAGAUGUUUCGACACUGAUCUCUGCAGCCAUUUGGAGGGUGAUGAGGCGGAUGCUCAUAGACUAACCCCUCCCAGGGAAGUAGAGAAUGUUCCUCGGACACCACGAGAUUUUUAUUAAUAGUGGUGGGAAUUGAUAGCGAGAGACGUUGUAAUGUUGAUGCCGAUGGAUGCUGCAAAACACAUAAACAGUCCCGUUAAUAUUUACAGAGGGGUCCCGGGGUGUGUGUUAAUAUUUACAGAGGGUGUCCCGGGGUGUGUGUUAAUAUUUACAGAGGGGUCCCGGGGUGUGUGUUAAUAUUUACAGGGGUCCCCGGGGUGUGUGUUAAUAUUUACAGAGGGUCUCCCGGGGUGUGUGUUAAUAUUUACAGAGGGUCUCCCGGGGUGUG